GGAUCAGUCUGGAAUUACAAUGGCAACAACUUAUGAAGUCGACAAGCAGAGACACUCUCGGUCCAAGGCUCCCCGAGUGAGGACCGGGUGCAAUACUUGGUAAACUCGCCGGGUGAAAUGCGACGAGACAAAACCCACUUGUCGGCGAUGCCAGCAAGACCGGCACAAGUGUGAUGGCUACGAGAUAGCACCUAGACUGAAACCCGGCCCCAAGCCUAAACCGAAACCGAAGCCUGAUUCAGCGCAAAAUAUUCUUCUCUUGCAGAAGAUAUGCAGAGAUGCGAAAUUAGGCAGAGCGCUUCUACCCCGCCGACAAACCAAUGCACCGAUGCAGCCCAAUGAUAUCCAACAACCCCUAGCAUCUUGGCACAUGAAAAUUCCGAGAGUUUUACCAGAGAGGCUGUUCACCCAUGACAAGGAUGCUGCAUUAUUGAAUCAUGCGCAAUUCUUCGUGCUCGACCAGAUGGCCUCCGUGUCUGACCCUGCGGAUUUCUGGUAUAGUUAUGCCAUGCCGCUCGCUCAUAUCGAGACUCCUCUCAGUUAUGCCUUUUGUGCACUAGGGGCUGCUCAUCGGCACUUCCUGCUCAGCGGACCGGGGGACCUGAAAGGGUCUAAGGACGAGGUUUUAAAAUCCGAGAUUAUCACCAUCGAAAAAUACAACGCCGCGAUUGCCCAGAUCCAAGAAUAUUCUCGCCGCGAACACCGAGGAAUAGAUGGAUACAUUCCACUGAUAUGCUGUGUGGUUUUCAUCUGUAUUGAGCAGCUGCUUGGCCGUUACACAGAGUCUGUCACUCACCUGCAAUCGGGAUGUUGUUUGUUCCGCUCUACCGUGGAUCUCCCGGGGAUGUCGGCCCCAGGGGACUUGAAGAACGCUUUGCUGAAGGUCUUCUACCGACUUGGUUAUGACGCGAUCACUAUCGGUGAAUGUGAAGUGCUUGGAUAUUUGCCUUGUGAUUUUCCGAUGCCGGACAUGGGCAGUCGAGAUCAGCCCUUUGCGGAUUACGAUGAAGCCUCGAAAAUGCUAGGCCAGGUGGAUGUCAUCCAUAAUGCUUCCUAUGCCUCACCGGCCGUUGUCCACGUGUCUCAGCCGACAGAAGGUCGCGAGUACCUAUUGCAGGAGUAUAGGGCGUUGAACUCUGCGCGAGAAGCAUUCGGGAUCUGGAAGUCUCGAUUCAAACUCCUCCAGCAGUCUGGCAUUCCAGCACCCGAGCAGGAGCCACAAGCUUUGUUCUUCUCUUUAGAACAAAGCGUAUGGGCCAUGCUGUCGGAAUUGACGACGUUUGAAGACCCCCCUAGUAUUGAAAGCUGUCAGGCUGUUUUGUCCAACACAGAGGCUGUGGCUCUCAUGUAUCAGUCUGAGAAGCAUCCGACCUUUAGCUUCGGCGGGGAUCUGGUCCCUACGCUGGGAUUGAUCUGCAUGUCCUGCGAGGAUCGAGAGACUCAAGAACGCAGUCUUUCUGUCUUGCGCUUAUUACGACGAAGGGAGGGGAUAUGGGAUAGUGUUGAACUCGCCUACGACUGCGAAACACUGCUUUUGACUGGUGAGCUGCCAUGUUGAUGCAAUUAUUCAAUGCCGAAUUGUCUUUGGGGUAAUUUUGAUGUAAAUCUAAGGUCAUAAUUUGGAUUUCUAGACUGUGGC